AUGCCAGAUAAAGGCAAUAUUAGUAAAGUAUUACCAGAAUAUUUAAGUAGAUGGGCGUCGGAUCGUGUUCGAGAAGAAGGUGCAGAAGUUGUGACAAAUAUUGAACUUGUCGAUGCAUCACUUCAAGAAGGGAAAAUUAGUCUAUCUUAUAUUGAUCCAAAAGAACCAAGAAAAACGAGUUAUAUUACUACUGAUCAUGUCAUAGUCGCUGUUGGUAUUGAACCAAAUACUAACUUAGCCGAGUCUGCCGGUUUAGAAAUUGAUCCCGAUCAAGGAGGCUUUCUUGUUAAUGCUGAAUUACAAGCGCGUCAUAAUAUUUGGGUAGCUGGUGAUGCAGCAUCUUUUUAUGAUAUUAAAUUAGGUCGACGUCGUGUUGAACAUUAUGAUCAUGCAAUAGUUAGUGGUAAAUUAGCCGGAGAAAAUAUGACAGGUAGUCAUAAUCCUUAUUGGCACCAGUCGAUGUUUUGGUCAGAUUUGGGACCAAAUAUUGGUUUUGAAGCUAUUGGUUUAACUGAUUCAGGAUUACAAACUGUUGCUGUUUAUGCUAAAGGAAAGUCCAACGAUGAAGGGCAAAAAGGAGACAGCGAAGGAAAUCGAGAGCAAAAAGAUGCAGUACCAAUAUCAAACUCUAAUGUGUUAAAAGAGAAAACAUCUGAAACAAGACCAACAACAGACAAUAAAAAUACCUAUAACAAAGGAGUUGUAUUCUAUUUAAAAGAUAACAAAGUUGUUGGGGUUGUUCUUUGGAAUAUUUUUAAUAGAAUUCCAAUCGCACGAAAGAUUAUCAAAGAUCAACAAGUAAUUACUGAUUUUCAAGAACUGGCAAAGGUUUUUAAUAUUCAUCAAGAUUAA